CAACCUCUGACGCCAAUGCCAACAAAGCCACUCGCUGAGCUCAGGUUAUCCUCAAAAUACAAUAACAAAAGCGUGGCGAAAAUGAAAACACAUACGCAACGGCCUCUUCUUCUCUCCCUCCUCUUCGCCACCUUACUCCUCCACCUCCAACAAAUCGCCACCGUAGCUUCCCCCAGCCCCGCCUCUGAAUCUAACAGCACCGAUUACAUCCGUACAAGCUGCAGCGCAACAUUGUAUCCUGAAAUAUGCUUCACUUCCCUUUCCCGCUAUGCCACUGCUAUCCAGCAAAAUCCGGCCCGUCUAGCUCGAGUCGCCAUAGGCGUAACCCUUUCGAGAGCCAGACGCAUGACCACCUACGUCUCUAACCUCUCCCGCCAAUCAGACUACGGCUCCGACCAUCGCGCAGCCGCCGCCCUACACGACUGCUUCUCCAACUUCGGCGACGCUGUAGACGAGAUUCGAGGCUCGCUCAAGCAAAUGCGGCAGCUCGGAGCAGCGGGAUCGUCGGCAGAGGCACUGAGGUUCCAAAUGAGCAACGUGCAAACGUGGAUGAGCGCUGCUUUGACGGACGAAGAAACGUGUACGGACGGGUUUGAGGAUGUUCCGGAAGGGCCGGUGAAAUCUGAGGUGUGUUACCGAGCGGCGAAAGUGAAAAAGUUUACAAGUAACGCGCUGGCUCUGGUUAAUAGUUAUGCUGAGAAAGGAAUUCCUUGAGUAGUUUGAUGAGUGGCUUUGUUUUCCAAUGGUAGAUACAGAUUAGGAGUGUCAAGUACGUGAGUGAGCGUAAUGUGUAUGUAGUCGAUUUUGCACUUGCUGUUUGGUGUGGUAGUGGUAGUUAGUUCAUUCUUCCCUCACUGAUGAAAAUGAAGGGAAGGCUUUUUUUUUAUUAUUAUUUUUUCUCGACUUGUAACAGAGUUUGAUCAGUUGAUUAAACUCAGAGUUUAACUUGAUGCGUAGAAAUUCAGAGUGGGUAAAUUUCAAAAUCUCCUCCAAUUUAUUCAUUUAUUUUUGAAAUUAUAUUAUCCUUUAAGUUGAGGCAUGAAUGAACAUUGCUUUUCUAA